AUGGCCAGAAAGUGGUUCAAAGCUCUGUUUUUACAGCUCCCGAACGGUGUAGCCGGGGCAGCAAAAGGACAACAGUGGACACCAACGAGUCUGAUCGAUGGUCAUGGAUUAGACGAUGGGUUAGCGAUUGUGCUACUAAACAGACCGAUCCUGUUGGAAAAACAUUACUUCACAACACUGUGGAAUGGUGCAAAGGUACGAGUUGCCGUCGACGGUGGUACGAACCGAUGGGUUGACUUUGUGAAGAGCACCAUAAACGGCGAACAGCUAAUACAGCCUCCAGAUCUUGUGACGGGUGAUUUCGAUUCCUGCAAUCAGGAGGCCAUGCAGUACGUCGAACAGCUGAAGUGUACGAAGGGUUUUUUGUAUCUCACCCAACAGAUUGUUCACACACCCGACCAAAAUGCGACGGAUUUUACCAAAUCACUCAAGGUGCUAAAAUCGCACGGAUACGAUAAGCAAGUAACGCGUGUACUGGCACUGUGUGAAUCUUCCGGUCGGCUCGAUCAAAUUAUGGCCAACAUUAACACACUCUUCCUGUCGGAAGCGAUCCUACCGGGCGUGAAUGUGUUUCUACGAUCCAGCAAUUCACUUUCAUGGUUACUACGACCCGGCGAGCAUAGCAUCGACAUUCCGCAGCGGCUCGUAAACGAACGGAUCUGGUGCUCGCUUGUGCCGAUCGGUCAGGGUUGCGUGUGUACGACCGAGGGACUUAAAUGGAAUCUAGAUGGUAGCAGAUCGUUGCAGUUUGGCAGUAUUGUAAGUACGUCCAAUACGUACUCGAUGAACCGGGUACGCAUCACAACCGAUGGACCGUUGCUAUGGUCAAUGGGAACGACACCGAAGGACAUGUGAUA